UAAAAUUAAUAAUGUAUUAAUUAAAUUGAUACUGUAUCCUGGUAAACAAGGGCAAGACGCUGAUUUUCUACCCUAACCCAAGUGCGUUGCGGCUGUGUUAUACCCUCGCUCAUAUUCUCCUUCUCACUUUCCACUCCGCGGUUGUUUUGGCGGCGGAGCUUCUUCAUCUAUCCGGCGAGCGAAGAUUCCGAGGUGACGUAAUCAGAUUCAAUUACCUGCUAAAAUGACGGAAGAUCUUAAAGUGCCGAAGCUUCCCGUGGAAGGAAAACGUAACAUCCUCAUCACUAGUGCUUUGCCUUACGUCAAUAACGUCCCUCAUCUCGGUAACAUAAUUGGAUGUGUGUUGAGUGCCGAUGUGUUUGCUCGGUACUGUCGUCUUAGGGAUUACAAUGUUAUUUACAUAUGCGGUACCGACGAGUAUGGUACAGCAACAGAGACUAAAGCAUUGGAAGAGAAUUGUUCUCCCAAAGAGAUUUGUGACAAAUACCAUGUUAUUCAUAAGGAGGUCUACGAUUGGUUCAAUAUAAGUUUUGAUAAAUUUGGGCGGACCUCUUCCCCUGAGCAAACUGAAGUUUGUCAAGCAAUUUUCAAAAAGAUACAUGAAAACAAAUGGCUCUCUGAGGACACACUACAGCAGCUUUACUGCGAUACAUGCCAAAAGUUUUUAGCCGAUCGCCUCGUGGAGGGUAACUGCCCAAUUCCGGGGUGCGGGUAUGAUUCUGCUCGAGGAGACCAAUGUGAGAAGUGUGGAAACCUUCUAAAUCCAACAGAGUUGAAGAUUCCCAGGUGCAAGGUUUGUCGAAAUAGUCCUCGUAUUUGUGAUACAGACCACUUAUUUCUUGAGCUCCCUCUGCUGAAAGAUCAAUUGGAAAAAUACAUCAACGAGAUGUCCGUGGUCGGAUCAUGGAGUCAGAAUGCUAUUCAAACAACAAAUUCGUGGUUCAAAAUGGGAUUAAAGAAACGUUGUAUUACCAGAGAUCUGAAGUGGGGGGUUCCUGUUCCACAUGAAAAAUACAGUGACAAGGUCUUCUAUGUUUGGUUUGAUGCACCUAUUGGAUAUAUAUCAAUCACGGCAUGCUACACACGUGAUUGGGAGAAAUGGUGGAAGAACCCCGAGAAUGUGGAGCUGUAUCAGUUUAUGGGGAAGGACAAUGUGCCAUUCCACACUGUAAUGUUUCCAUCUACUCUACUCGGAACCGGUCAAAAUUGGACUUUAAUGAAGACUAUUAGUGUUACUGAAUACCUGAAUUAUGAAGCAGGGAAGUUUUCUAAGAGCAAAGGCGUCGGGGUAUUUGGUAACGAUGCUAAAGAUACUAGUAUUCCAGUUGAAGUAUGGAGAUAUUACUUGCUCACAAAUAGGCCUGAGGUAUCAGAUACACUUUUUACGUGGUCUGACUUGCAAGCAAAAUUAAAUAGUGAGUUGCUGAGUAAUUUGGGAAACUUCGUCAAUCGAGUUUUGAGUUUUAUUGCCAAACCUGCAGGUCAAGGAUAUAAUUCCAUUAUUCCCGCUGUUCCUGAUGAUGUAAGUGCCGAUUCCCAUGACCCAACCAAAAAAUUGUCCAACAAAGUUGCUGCAUAUUUGGAUCAAUACAUAGAAGCAAUGGAGAAGGUUAAACUAAAGCAAGGAUUGAAAAUUGCAAUGAGCAUAUCUGGUGAGGGGAAUGCAUAUUUGCAGGAAACUGAGUUUUGGCGCCUCUACAAGGAAAACCAAUCUCUCUGCUCCCUUGUUAUGAAAACUGCCUCUGGCAUUGUAUAUCUUCUUGCUUGUUUAUUGGAACCUUUUAUGCCAUCUUUCAGUAUUGAGGUAUUCAAGCAGCUAAAUUUGUCGGUGGAGACACAUCUUUCACUUUCUGACGAUAAAGGAGAUAUUGAUAGAGUAAAAAGACCCUGGGAUAUUCUAAGCGCUGGGCAUACAAUUGGAACACCAAAGCCAUUGUUCAGGGAGCUGAAAGAUGAAGAAGUGGAGUUCUACAGGAAGAAGUUUGAAGGAAGUCAAGCUGAUAGGCUUUUGCGUGCAGAGGUCGAAGCUGAAAAUGUUGCUGAGCAACUGAAGAAAACAAAAGUUUCAGAUGGCAAUGUAAAGAAAAAAUCAGCAGCAAAAUCCUCUAAAUCAUCAAGUGAAGCCAAAAGCAAGGCUUCAGCUGAACCCGAUAUUUCCAUCACAAGGCUUGAUAUUCGAGUUGGUCUCAUUAAAAAAGCUGAAAAGCAUCCAGAUGCAGAUUCACUUUAUGUUGAAGAGAUUGAUGUUGGUGAAGAACAGACAAGAACCGUUGUCAGUGGACUUGUCAAGUAUAUACCACUUGACGAAAUGCAGAACCGAAAGGUCUGUGUUCUUUGCAACCUAAAGCCAGCGACCAUGAGGGGCAUUAAAUCCCAAGCAAUGGUUCUUGCUGCUUCCAAUGAUGAUCACACCAAGGUUGAGUUGGUUGAACCACCCAGUUCUGCUUCUGUUGGAGAAAGAAUUACAUUCCCUGGGCAUGAAGGCAAUCCUGAUGAACUAUUGAACCCAAAGAAGAAAGUUUGGGAGACGUUGCAAGUGGAUCUGCACACUAAUGAGAAGCUAGAGGCAUGCUACAAGGAUAUACCACUCACCACAUCAGCUGGCAUUUGUACGGUUUCGUCCAUAAGCGGUGGAUCAAUACGGUAGACAAACAUCGAGUAUUGCUGUUCAGAGUGAGAAGAGAAAAAAGUUUAAAAGGAAAAAAAAAGCAUAUUUUAGUUGACUCGCAGAUUUUGUUAGUUUUUCGUGUUGGCAUGUUUGUAGAAUUUACAUCUACAUUGCGUAAUUUAACUUAAUUUUUGCUCCCCCAUUUUAAUCGCUUAUUUUGGACGAGCUGGUGCCAAGUGCCAACUUGUUAUCAUCAUUUGAUUACAUUUUAAUUUUAUCUCCGGAUUUUCUUUCUCGGCUGA